UGUAAUGUUGUCGUCCUUGAUUAAACCAAUUAUUUUUUAUUCCCAUUUUGCAGAUCAUGUCGCGCGGGUUUUCGCUGGGCGGCGCCACCUUCGCCUUCCACUGCCUGCCACCAGUCGAGUGCCGCGAACUGGCAGCUCUGCUGCACAUCAACAACGGUUCGCUAUACGAUGCAGCAGACCCCGUAAAGCCCGAUUUCAUUUACCUUCUCACAAACUACUGGGCGGACUGCGAACCUGGUGCUUCUCUCGCCAACGUGCCACUACGUCUUGUGACGCGUUUCUGGCUGCAGGAGACGCUGCGGCUCGGGCGCUGGCUGCGUCCCGACAGCCACCCGUUCUUCGAGCCGCCUGCCAGACCUAGCAACCUGUGGCUGCAGUAUCCUACCCAGUAUCAAGAUGCAGAUCUGGACGACGUGGAUGCCGAUGGAGACGUCAACAUGCAGGAUCCCGGUCCUGCAGGAUCAACAGGACACAAGAUGCGACUGCCAUGCUCACCCAGCUUCCUCUUUCGAGGCGAGGUGCCGCUCUGGCCUUACAUCACGGCCAUGUUGGCGCAGCCAAUCCAGAAUCUCCACGAUCUUGCCACCAGGCUGCAACUGGUUACGCUGUCAGACCCGCGACGCCGAUUUAAUUGCCUGGAGUACGCACUGAAUGAGUUAUUGACACAAGAGGAACAAACCAAGUUUUUCAAGACCGUGUUGCCGGAAAUGGUGCGAUUGGUGCUGCAUUUGCCGCAAAUGUUUGCAGCUCCACCGCCACUUUUGACUCCUCUAGAAGCCGAACAGAUUGAAAGCAGUACUGGUAGUAGUUCCAAGGCUCGAGUGGCAACACAGAUGCACCGGUUUACCAAGCUGGAGGCCUUGACUCUCGUGUGCGGCUGCUUUUUCGGCAUUUUUCCCGACCAAGAUAUCGUCAAAAGCGUCCAAUCUAAUGGCAGUCCGCAGAGCAAGAAGGCAGGACGUCGCAAUGACAACGACGUCGUCAUUGAGUUCCCUUACUUCACAGCCGUUCGGAUGUUCUCGGCGGCUGGUAAUAUGACCAAGUUGGUCGCACUGAAGGCGCAGAAGAUUCGCUGUCUCCUGCAGUAUUUCUUACGGGUAAUCCCACGCGCACUCUCCGAGCGUACAGCACUUUCGACAGAGAUUAUCGACUUCACGCGUGUCGGCGUACACCUCCCACUUGCACAAGGAAGUAACGGCCCUCAAGACCUGCUCAAGUUGUUAACUACCCAAGAUCUUCACCCUCAAUUAUACGCUGCACGAUGUGUAUCCGACGCUUUGAUCGAAGAUCUGGACGAGCAUUUGCAGAUUGAUUUCGCCAACAAAUUCGCCGGUGGAGGUGUGCUUAACUCUGGGUGCGUCCAAGAAGAGAUCCGCUUCCUGCUUUCUCCCGAGCUAUUGGUGUCGUGUCUGUUGUUCGCGAAACUGGAGCGCCACGAGGCAUUUGUGAUCCAUGGAACGGAGCGCUACUGUGCGUAUCAAGGAUACGGCGGGUCGUUUGUCUAUGGGGGCAACUUUGAGGACACGACAGCUUUAGUAACUUUACCGGACGGCUGCGUACGCCGGCAAUGCGUUAUCGUGGGCAUUGACGCCACGGACUAUAGCUCUGCGCGAAUGGAAAAGCAAUACUCGCGUGGCCACGUAUGGCGCGAUCUGGUCAAGGCGCACGCUGGGUUCGCAUACCCAGAUGCACAUGAUGACCAUUAUUCUUGGCCUGUUGCCACUGGCAAUUGGGGCUGUGGCGUUUUCCGGGGCGAUCGAGAACUCAAGUUUCUGAUCCAGUGGCUCGCAGCUUCACUGCGUCAGCGUGAACUGGUCUACGUGUUGUUCGAGCGCGAUCUGGAUCUUCAAGCCAAAGUAGAGCCGUUGCUGACGCUCGCUACUUGUCCAAAGGCGAUUGAGUGGGACCGUCAGAGUGGCGGAGUGAUACAAUGGCUCGCGGGAUUUCUAUUGAACGAGCUGAGUGCUGGUCGUGGGAGCGUAUUGGCGCGUGCCUCGCGGUCGCUGGAGCAAGCGCUGGCAAAGCUGGAGCUACCCGAAUCGAAGCAACAGGCUAAGACGUCGCCAGUGCUGGACACGAAACAGGAGCCUUCACUUGAAGUUGACGAGAACUCGGAGGCGACGAAGAAGAAGCCCAAAACGAUGCACCAAAUGACCAUGCAAGACUUUUUUGCACCCAAGCAAUGAAUAAGCAGACUAAAUAAUUGAAAAGUGGGUUAACCUUCAUCACCAUAAAGUCCCAAGGCAAGCAAAACACGGAACACCACGACUUGUUUGCAGAAUGCAUUGGCCGGUCGCUUUAAAAUCUACUUACACACAAAACGAGUCACAUACCGAGGCCUGCCACGACGAUGUAGUUGCUUCCUUGGUUAGGGGGGAUUAUUCCGUCUAGGAGAGUCUAGUUCGUUUAAGCCUUCUUCUGGAUUAUUUGGCUCUUGUCGUUGGUGCUGCGUUUGGCAGCUUCCGCGACUUUGUCGAAGGCUGCGCUGGACGUGUCCAUGGCGAUGUCGGUGGCUCGGUUGGCGACCAGCAUGGGGUCGAGGAUGGGGUCGUCGGCCUGCGCGAAGCUCAUAAGGGCGACCACGAGUAGCGAAGCGACAGCGAAAAGGCGAACCAUGGUGCUGCUUUAUUUAUUCUCUUUGUGUUGCGGUGAGGCUUGACGAAUGAACUCUAGCGCAGGGUGGGGGACGCGGAAUGUGCCAUGCUGUCGGUAGCGGAUGUGCUGUCGAUAGGCAGAUCGAGUAGAAAAAGUCGGCAAAACCUCCGGUAAUUGGUACAACAACUGGAUUCUACAGUUACAUAACAAAUAAAAGUAUCAAAAGUA